CCCCACCCCCCCUCUAGACUGCAUCCACAUGGUGACGCAGGAGGGCGUGUUCGAACUUCGGUCGCACGGGAGCGCCACGUGCGCCCUCUACGUGGUCCUGGGAUCGCAGCAGUCGGUCGUCAUUCACCUGGAGUACGUCUAUGCCCCCUGUCACCAAGGGAAUCUCGUCAACAUGAUCGACGGCUGGGAGAUGGACGGGGAGUACUUCCCCUCGGUGGCGGAGCACGGGACCCCCAUGAGCGACCGGGUCCUGGCAGUCUGCGGGGAGCGGGCACGGGAGGAGACGCUCCUGGCGGGGCAGAACGCGGGGCAGGUGUCCUAUCGCCUCCCGUCGGAGGAUGCGAGGGUCGUCGUGAGGGUCCUGGCGCUAAGAGAGCCUGAUCCGUGCAACGUGCUGGUUCUCGGCGGCGAGGGCGAGCUGGUGGGGAUCGGGAACGGAGGAAAGAGGAGGAACUGCACCGUCGUCACGCUCUUCCCGGCGACGUUCCUGCUCUCGCUGGUGAAGGCGGGACCGAUGAAGGCGGGACCAGGAGAACAUCUGCCUCUCUCUCAUAAGUGUGGAUCGGGCGAUCGGAUCGAGGUUCGGGGAUCCUCGGGACUGGAAUCGGAGUCGCUGCUCUUCGCCUCCGUCUGCGGACUCAUCAUGAACCCCGAAGAAGGGCUGCCGGUGGAGGUGCCAUGCCCCAUGUCCUCGUUCUUCUUCGACGUCGUCGGCCUGGUGACCGGGGAGAAGCGAGAACCGACCGCAGUCGACCCCGUCACGACCACCAAGCUCCGUCGGAUCCUCCGCCUCCCGCCCGAUGGGGCCGACGCGGCUCGACGCAGGGUGGAAUUCCGGCCCGAGGAUUCCGUCCGCCCUCGCAGUCCCAAGGUCAAGGUCAAGGGCAGGAGGGGAGUCCCUGCUUCGCGACGCCGCAGAGACGACGCGAAAUGA